CCAGGCGUGGACUACCAUUCCCGUGGUGCUCUAACGCGCAGCCAGCCGCCGUCACCUGCGCGCUCAGGCCCCUGGGAUUAGUAGUUUUAGCCUCGUGGAUGUGGGCCUGAAUCGGAUGGCCUGGAACUCGCCUUCCCGGCGACCUGUUUGGCAGGGGGGGGCGCCUCGCGAAGAUGGUGGCGCGCGGGGCGAGUGGCGCCCGUCGUCUGGCCAAGUCUCAGCGCAGCGCACCGGCCGGCAUCUCGCUGCCCUGGAGCCCACACCCACCGGGUCCCUGACCCCGCGCCCCCCGCGCCCGGUUCCCGGCAUGCCUCGCGCCCGUAAGGGCAACACGCUCCGGAAGGGUGGUCAGCGCCGUGGAGGAGGUGCCCGGAGCAGUGCCCAAGCUGACUCGGGUUCCAGUGAUGAUGAGGCAGCCAGUGAGGCCCGCAGCACCACCAGUGAAUGCCCCAGCCUUCUCAGCACCACUGCAGAGGACAGCCUUGUGCCAAGACCCGGCAGGGUGCUCUCGAGAGCCUGCGCCUGGCCCUGGCGUCCCGCCUACUCCCCGACUUCUUGCUGGAGCGCCGCCUCACACUAGCUGAUGCCCUGGAAAAGUGCCUCAAGAAAGGGAAGGGAGAGGAACAAGCCCUGGCCGCUGCUGUGCUAGGUCUGCUCUGCGUGCAGCUGGGCCCGGGACCCAAGGGUGAGGAGCUGUUCCACAGCCUGCAGCCUCUGCUGGUCUCUGUGCUCAGUGACAGCACAGCUAGCCCUGCUGCCCAGCUCCACUGUGCUUCUGCUCUUGGCCUGGGCUGCUACGUGGCUGCUGCCGACAUCCAGGACCUGGUCUCUUGCCUUGCCUGCUUAGAAAGUGUUUUCAGCCGGUUCUAUGGCUUGGGCAGCUCCACAACUCCUGUGGUUCCUGCCAGCCUGCACGGCCUGCUCUGUGCUGCCCUGCAGGCCUGGGCAUUGCUGCUCACCAUCUGCCCCAGCACCCAAAUCAGCCACAUCCUUGACAGGCAGCUGCCCCGGCUGCCCCAGCUCUUGUCCAGUGAAAGUGUGAACCUGCGGAUCGCUGCCGGUGAAACCAUUGCACUGCUCUUUGAGCUUGCCCGGGACCUUGAGGAGGAGUUUGUUUAUGAGGACAUGGAGGCCCUCUGCAGUGUCCUGCGCACUCUGGCCACUGACAGUAACAAGUACCGUGCCAAGGCUGAUCGCCGGCGCCAGCGCUCUACUUUUCGUGCCGUGCUGCACUCCGUGGAGGGCGGUGAAUGUGAAGAAGAGAUAGUGCGCUUUGGCUUUGAGGUGCUCUACAUGGACAGCUGGGCUCGGCACCGGAUCUACACUGCCUUCAAGGAAGUGCUGGGUUCAGGCAUGCACCACCACCUCCAGAACAAUGAGCUACUCCGUGACAUCUUUGGCCUGGGCCCUGUGCUGGUGCUGGAUGCCACUGCCCUGAAGGCCUGCAAGGUUCCACGCUUCGAGAAGCACCUGUACAAUGCUGCCGCCUUCAAAGCCCGGACCAAGGCUCGAAGCCGUGUGCGGGACAAGCGGGCAGACAUCCUGUGAAGCAGGACCUGCUGAAGAGGAGACUUUCUAUGCUCUUGGUCCGUAUUUUUAACAGAAGACAGUGCAACAACUGGUCUCCACCAGUAUUUGUCACUUUAUUUUUUUAAUGACAAAACCAAAGACAGACAUGGGGUGGGUAGCUGGGGGCCCGGACACUUGGGACCCUGGCCCCUUUGUCCCUGCACUCAGCCCUGUGGCCUCUUCCUGCCCUGUCUCAGGCCAGGCUAAAUACGUGCCUGUCCCAGGGCUGUGGGGCAGGCACUAGGGGGCCUUUCCCUUCCUUUCCUUUCUCAGGCCCAGGAUGACCCACUCUUAGGGGGGUGGUGGCAUCUGGACAAAUGCCACCACAGCAGGUGGAGAGGCAAAGCUACCUGGAAUGGAUUUGUGUGCUGAUUUUUAAGAAUUAUUAGAGAUAAUUAAACAGAAUGGUCAGGCUUCUGUGGUCUUAA